AUUGAAUUGAUUGUACGAGUCUGACGAACAUCACCAAAACUCAUUCAAGUCGAUCCCCACCCAAUUACUUUCGAAACCAAAGCCUUUAAUUUUUGGUCGUCGAAGUCUUUUUUAUUAUUAUUAAUAUUGUUUUAUUUUAUUUGAAACGAUCAUAAAGAGAAAUUCAACUAGAGUUGUAUCUAUAAAUAUGAAGUUGCCCCUGAUGCCUAGCGGAAUCUACAAGCAGCAGCGUUGCCGAAGAUUUCUUCAAUUCAACUAUUCAUAGCUAGCAUGGCAAGUACUCUAGUUGGCUCUAAUGCACUUAUUCUGGAAAUUCUUGACCGUACUAACUAUAAAUAUUGGAGAUCCAGAUUGAAAGCUUAUUUGUUGGCUGAAGAUCUCUGGGAGGCUGUCGAAGCAAUAGUGGAACCUACAAUACUCAAAGAUGAUCAAGCCGAUUAUAAGGCCUGGACCAAAAAGAAUGCCAAGGCUUUGUAUGCAAUCCAAAAUUCAUGCGGGAGAGAGUUGUUCCCUUUUAUAUGUGACAUUGAGACGGCAAAAGUUGCCUGGGCGGCUUUGGAACAAGAGUGCAAAGUUGUGCAAGGAUAUGAUGAGAACAAUGCCGACCACUUAGUGCGCUUUAAAUUGUUCAUAGAAUCAGUGAGCAGUGGUGAUUGGGAUAAGGCAAAGAAGUGUCUUGGAGAAGUUGAUAUGCGCAGUGUAGUAUUAAGGGCAGUACGUGGACGACAUGGAGUAAUAGCUCUUCAUGUAGCAGCCAUGGAAGGGCACGCGCAUAUCGUAAAAGAGUUGGUGCAGCUGAUGACACAAGAAGAUUUGAAAACGAAAACCGCUCAUGGUCACACAGCUCUUCACGCAGCAGCAUGGAUGGGGCAUGUGCAUGUUGUGAAAGAGUUACCGGUGCCGUUGAUGGGAGAACUAAAAGACAGUGAUGGUGACACAGCUCUUCAUAUAGCAGUCCAGGAAGGGAAGGUCGAUAUUGUUAAAGAGUUGGUGUUGCUGAUAAGACAAGAAGACUUGAAAAUAAAAAACGAUGCUGGGUACACGGCUCUUCACCUAGCAGUCAAUAAGGGGAAUGUGCCUAUGGUCAAAGGGUUCAUGAGAAAAGAAAAAGAUGAGAAUAAUAUUGGCAAGGACGACUUUAAGCAUUAUAUAUCGUUUAUCACCUAUGUGACAAAUGGUGAUUGGGAUCAGGCGAAUGAGUAUCUUAAAGAACUAGAUAAUCCUUGUGGUGCAGUAACAGCAGUAGAUCCAAGAAACAACUAUCGAGAUACUGCUCUUCACGUAGCAGCCCUGAAAGGGCAUGUGGAUGUUACCAAAGGAUUGGUAUUGUUGCUGAAAAUGAGACAAGAAGAUUUGGAAUUGAAAACCGCUGAAGAUUUCACAACUUUUGGUUCUGGUAUAACUUUAGGGGUCAGUGAAGAAUUCCUCAUGGAAAAGGCCAAAUAUAUGGUUGGACAGUACGAGAAAACACUUGGCAGCUGUUUGGAGAUACAAAACGCUGAAGGUUUCACAGCUCUUCACCUAGCAGUACUGCGGGGGUAUAGGGAUAUUGUCAAAGAGUUGGUGCCAUUAAUGAGAAAAGAAGGUUUAGAAAUAAGAGACGCUUGUGGACGCACGACUCUUGACAUUGCAAUCUUACUAAGGCAUGUGGAUUUUGCGAAGGAGUUAGUGCAAUCGAUGAGACCAGAGGCUUUGGAAGAAAAAGACGGUCAAGGUUUUACAGCUUUAAAUCAGGCUAUUCAAUGUCUCAAUGAUGGAGACGUUCAAGAAAUGGCUAAAUACAUGGCUGAAAAGAAUGUUAAAGUAUUUGGCAUAUCCUCGGCUCCCCAUGAUGACAUUCCAGUUGUCGACGCUCUUCGUCGGAAUAAAUGGAAAUCGGCUCGCUAUAUGUAUUCUGUCACUCCACUUGAAGCUCUCGAGGGACCCAAUGGCAGUUUACUUAUUUGCUUAUGUCUCAAUGCUAGCAACACGAUUGAUUUGGCAUGGGACUUGCUUCAACAUUUGCCAAAUUUGGCUUUCACUAUCACUAAAUCGCCUGAAUCUACUCCUAUGUUGAAAUUGGCUCGCAUGCAUUUUGCAUUCUUAAGUGGAACACGACUCACACGUUGGCAGAGAUGGCUUUAUGAUCGUAUACACAUACCAGAAGUUGAUGUUAACAUUCAUGAUAUCUCUAUAAAUGUUGCUGAAUCAGAAAAUGAUCAUGACAAUAAAAGGGAUUUCAUUUCCUCAGUUAUGACUUUGUUUAGAAGAUUUGCCAAAAGUGUCUAUAUAUUUUGCGGACUUCAUCGUAUAUAUUUAAUGAAAUCAACACAUAAAUGGAUCAUUCAAUUUCUACAUUGCAUGGGUGAAGCGACAACAGUUUUUGGUCUCACACCUGAUCAAUACGACAUGGUGACAAGAUCAAUUUUCAAAGCUAUAGAACAAGGGCAUCAUGAGUUUGUUAUUGAACUGUGUAAAGCAAAUCCACAACUACUCAGGGACACUUGUGAUGAAAAGGGGAUGACUAUAUUUGAUUUUGCCAUCCGAUAUCGUCAAGAAGAGGUUUAUAAUCUUAUAUAUGAGCUUGAGGAAGAAAAGCGAAAUGACAUUGGAAUUCGUCUAGUGAACUCUGACAAUAGUAUGCUACAUUUUGCCGCUGAUUUGUUCUCGUUUUCAUAUUUUGAUCAUAUUCAAGAUGCAAGUUUGCAAAUACAGAGAGAACUACAAUGGUUUAAGGAGGUGGAGAGAUGUGUACCUCUUGAAAUGCAUGAAUAUCGAAAUCGUUCAAAUGAUUUGACAGCACGUGAACUAUUUACCAAGAAUCACAAGAGAUUGAUAGAGGAUGCAAAAAAUUCAAUGAAAGAAACAGCAAGUUCUUGUACACUUAUAGGUGCUCUCAUUGUUACAAUCAUGUUUGCUGCAGCUUUCACACUUCCCGGUGGAAAUAAUGAUAACACAGGCCUUCCCUUAUUACAAAAUAACAGGUUGUUCAAGGUUUUUAUAGUUUCAGAUGCCGUAUCACUUUUUUCUUCCACAACUUCAGUAAUUACAUUCUUGGGAAUACUUACGUCACGUUUUGCGGAACAAGAUUUCCUCAAAUAUUUGCCCACAAUGAUGAGGACCGGCGUAUUCACCCUUUUUUUCUCUAUUGCCACCAUGAUGAUUGCAUUUUCUUGUGCACUUGUCAUUAUGCUUGAUGGAGAAGCAUGGAUUGUUAUACCAAGUAUUUUGUUUGCUAGUGUUCCAUUGAUAUCAUUCGUAUGGUGGUUGUUCCCUCUCCUCGUAGAUAUGUUCAAGUCUGCUCAUGGACCUGGAAUAUUGGCCAAAGAAAAAGAUAAUGAAACCAUGAUUUAAAAAUCUGACAUUAUCUAUGAUAUGGGUUUUUUUUUUCAUUCAACAUUGUAAUUGUAAUGACUUGAAUUUUCGUUGUUAAUUUCUUGAAAUUAAUAAAGGAUCAGUUUGUACAA